AAAGAUAUCAUCCAAGAGUUGAAAAAAGGACAUCCUGGAGGAUAACAUAAUCCGGGAAACAGUUAUCAGUUUCCUAACAGAUGUCUUUAUAUAUCGCAAAGGAUUUUGAUAUUCCAUACAUGAAACUAAAAUGAUUCAGGUUACAAUGAUGCGGAUAUUAUUUUUCCUCGUUUACUCGUUUCUCUCUCUUUCCCAAAGUAAAUCCAUAGAUGAAAUCGUUUGUUCUUGCGAAAAUGUAUCCUGUCCUCCUUCCCAAAGUUGUUCUUUCGGUAAAACCAGAGAUAUUUGUAAUUGUUGCUACAUCUGUGCAAAAGGACCAAAUGAAGAAUGCGGAGGCAUAUACAAUUAUGCAGGAACGUGCGCAAACGGUUUGAAAUGCAAACCUCACGAAUCUCUUAAACAACUUCCAGGAAAAUGUGUCGACAAAUGAAAAUUUUGUGUAUUGAUAUAUUCUUAAAAACUAUAAAAAUAUCAUUAGUAACUGUUAAGUUGUUUUCCUUAUAAAAUUUAUAUACAAUUAUCCAUUAAAAUAAAUACAAAA